GCCCCCCCGCUUUGUGUUGCCCAGCAACGCAACGCAACCGCUGACCGAGUUGCUACAGGAGUUGGAGCCGGAGGACUCAGAGAAGUUUUGGGGGCCUAGAAAGCAGGCGGGACCUGAGCCCGCGCUUGCUGUGACAAGUCACUUUAAGGUUAUGUACCUUACGGCAAGUGGAAGCAGGACUCAGAGACUGCCACAGUAACUCAAGAACAGACUUGGACCCAUACGUAAUCUAGGAGCUUCGGCAUUCCUCACUGAGAAAGAUGUAUAAAGUAGACCUGUCAUCAGAUCCCAAGGAGGUGGCAGCUAUCGAGGCUAGAAGAAAUCGAGAACAAGAUCGACAGAGCCGAUUCUUCAAUGUGCGAAACCGAGUCAUAGGGGUGGAUGUGGAAGCUUUGAAUAACCAAGUAGAAGAGCGAAAGCUUCAGAAGGAAAGAGAGCAAAAAAAGGAGGAAGCAUAUGGUACUAACAGCAUGCAGUAUGAUCUGGUAGUCCAGAUGCUAGAGAAGGAGGAGACAAAACGAGCACGUCGUGUGGCCAAGAAAGUCCAGGAUUUUCGACAGCAGAAGCAGGAAUUCAAGAGCAGAUGUGAACUUGAACUUCGGGAUCCAGCCCAAUUACAAGGGAUUCCAGUGGGAUUCCAGGAGCUUCCGGCCUGCUUCGGUCACAAUGGUCCCUUCUGUGGCCCAGCCAGCAUGCAGUACUUCUUGGGGGAAGAUCUAGAGAGGGCCUCAUUCCUGAGAAUGCAACAGCAGCAGUUCAGGUAUAACCUGGAAAGGCAGCUACAGGCACAACAGCAAGCCAGGAUUGAAGAGAAACGUGUAGAUAUGCUCCGUGACCAGCUGAACCUAGCCAUAGACAUGCAGGCUGCCCACAUGGCCAGGCUGGAAGAGUCUUGUCGUGUUGCUGUGAUGUCUGCCAGAGCCAAUGCCAACAAAGCCCAGGCAGCUAAGCUGGCUGAUGAGCAGCACCACAAACAUCAGCGCCAACAGGAGGCCAACCUCACAGACAUACAAGAGCAUACCACCAGUAACCUCCUGACUGAGAACCCCGAGGUUGCUCAACACCCCAUGGAUCCCCACCGAGUCCUGCCCUAUUGCUGGAAAGGCAUGACUCCAGAACAGCGAGCUGAUAUCAGGAAAGCCCAAGAGGCACAACGCCAAGAGAAGGAGGCACAGCGCCAAGCUGAACGAGCAUUGGAUAACGAAUGGGCAAGCCAAACUGUAUGCUUGGCCCAAGCAGCACUGGAGCUAGAAGAGCAGGAGAGGGAAUUGUGUGCUGAAUUUGAGAGAGGGCUGGGAUCCUUCAACAAGCAGCUGGCCAUGGAUCAAAAGGCCCAGCAAAAUUAUCUGAAUUCAGUAAUUUACACCAACCAGCCUACAGCCCAGUAUUAUCUACAGUUCAACACCAGCAGUCGCUAAACUCAGGAUGGUCUCCUGUUAAGCUCACGGAUAGUUAGGAGUCAAAGAGCAAAAUGCUGCAUACUUCCACCUUGAAUCCAUUCCCUAGUGGGACAGAGCUAAGUGGGUACCUCCAUCUUCUAUCCGAAGCAAUAAAAUUAUUCACUGAAGUCAAA